AGCAUUAAGGGUUGGAUUGUCCAAUCGAUCGGCGAGUUUCUGGGUACGGCUAUGUUUUUGUAUUUAGCUGUAGGUGCAGCAGAUGCGAUCACACUAGGCGUAGGCUAUGGAGCCAACAUCCUUGGAUCCGCCAUUGCAUUUGGGGUAUCUCUGAUGUGCAUCUCCUGGGCGUUCUUCCGGAUCAGCGGGAGUCAUUUCAACCCAGCCAUUUCACUGAGCUCAUUGAUCACAGGUCAUCUAAAGCUUCCUCAAUUCUUUAUUUAUUUCAUUGCCCAACUCUUGGGAGCCAUGGUGGGCAUUGCUUUGGCUCGUGGAACUACGCCCUCGAGUCAAUAUUUCGGGUACUCAAAAAAUGAACUUUACUAUGGAGAGAGCAUUGCUCGUGGUUUCUUCCUCGAGAUGUUCUUGACCACGAUCUUAUGCUUCGUCUAUCAUAUGAUAGUUCAUGAAAAGAAUCGGUCGACCUUCAUGUCCGCUUUUCCUUAUGGUCUGACACUUAUGGCUUGUCAUCUGUUUGCGACUCGAUAUACAAAUGCAGCCAUCAACCCUGCUCGUGCUUUUGGUACCUCGGUGGUAGCUCGUUCUUUCUCACGUGAUCAUUGGAUUUACUGGUUCGGACCACUCUGCGGCUCCAUCCUUGGUGCAGGAAUGUAUAUUCUCUUCCGUUACAUGGAUUAUGAU